AUGGGGAAGAUCAAGCCUUUCAAGCAGGAGUUCUCAUUCGAUGAACGAAUUGAAGAAUCGAAAAAUAUCAUCGCAAAAUACCCAGAUCGAAUUCCGGUGAUCAUUGAAAGAUAUUCCAGGACAGACCUGCCUGAAAUGGAAAAGAAAAAAUUCUUGGUUCCAAGAGACAUGUCUGUUGGGCAGUUUAUUCAUAUCUUAAGCAGCAGGCUUCACUUGACUCCUGGCAAAGCUCUUUUUGUCUUUGUGAAGAACACAUUACCUCAAACAGCCAGUCGCAUGGAUUCCAUCUACGAAAGUUACAAGGAGGAUGAUGGUUUUCUGUAUAUGUGUUACAGCAGCGAGAAAACCUUCGGCUGA